AUGGCACCCCUCUUUGGCGAAUGCACAUUCGCCUUUGUCCCGAGCUCGCUGCUCACACCGACCCAGAUCAGCUCCUUCACCCAGAUCCUCGAGAAGCAUGGCGGCACCGUCCUGGAACCGGCCGACGAUGGCUCCAUCCGCAUCGAGGAGGAUGUCACCCACAUCAUCUCCAACACGAUCGAUUUCAGGCAGUUCACCGACAGCCAAGCCUACAUGAUCCCCGUCGUCACCCACCAGUGGAUCUCCUCGUCGCUGCACCGCGGCAAGCAGGCCCAGGUCCGCCCUCACUCGCCCGACCCCCGCAUGAUCUUCUCCCAGGUCACCCUGUCGUGCGCCGACCUGCCCGUCAUUGACAAGGAGACCAUCAUCGGCGCCACCCUGGCCCUCGGCGGCAUGGAGUCGCCCGACGUGUCGCGCCUGACGACGCACAUUUGCGCCCUGACCAUGGACCACCCCAAGUGCCAGAUGGCCUUGCAGAAGAAGCUCAAGGUCAAAAUCGUGCUGCCACACUGGUUCGAGGACUGCUUCAAGCUCGGCAAGCGCAUCGACGAAACCCCCUACCUCCUGCCGGAUCCCGAGAUCCUCCUCGCCGACCCCAGCGACGACAUUGGCUUCCCCGAGACGAAGAACCUCGAGGGCGCCACCGACGCGAAUCCCAGCCCCGAAAGCUUCCCGCCCGUCAAGGGACACGUCGAGCCGUCCACCAUCUUUCAAGGAAAGGCCGUCAUGAUCUCGAGCGAUCUCAACAUUACCAAAAAGGCCCACGCCAUAUGCCGCUCGCGCAUCACCCAGGGUGGCGGCCAAAUGGUCGCCCAGGUCGAGGACUGCGACAUGUACAUCUGCCAGUACCGCGACGGUCCAGACUACAUCAAGGCCGCCCAGCUCGGCAAGGACGUCGGCAACCUGGCGUGGCUGAUGCACCUCAUCUCGCGCAACGAGUGGACGUCGCCGCUGCGCCGCCUGCUGCACUACCCCGUGCCCCGGGGCGGCAUCGACGGGUUCCAGGACCUGCGCAUCUGCGUCUCCAACUACGGCGGCGAGUCCCUCAUCUACCUCGAGAAUCUCAUCAAGGCGUGCGGCGCCACCUCCGAGAAGGUACGAGGCCGCCAGGACUGGGGCAUCGAGACGAUCAACCACCUGUGGAUCGAGGAGAGCUACGCCAAGUGCGAAAAGCAGCCCGUCACCGUCGGCAAGUACGCGCACUUUCCGCCGCGCACCAACCUCGGCGAGAUCAUUGGCCAGACCUUCUUCGACGAGGCGCAGCUGCGCGAUAAGUUCUACCCCGGCGGCGCGGCCGUCCGCAAGUCGUCGCCGCGGGCCGCGAAGAAGCGCAAAAUCUUGGACGCCGCCCAGGACAACGCCUACAAGAGCGGCCCCGCCGAGGGCGCCGUCAUCGGCCGCCAGGAGCACCGCGACUUUGACGUGCUGCAGGACGAGGCGGACGAGUACGCCGAGAAGACGCGCAAGCAGUUUGGCGUGUCGGCGCCGCCGGGGGACGAGCCGUUCGCUACGCCCGCGCGGAACAUGCCCGUGCGCGGCAAGGAGAACGAGACGCCGACGGCGCGGUCGACCGGCGGCCGCAGCGCCAAGAGCAAGGCGCUGAGCAACCUGCAGCGCAUCGCGCCCGACAUUGCGCUGUACGAGAAGGAGAAGAAUCGCAAGAGCAAGGACGGCAUGUGGGGCGGCAAGCGCGCGGCCGACAUGCUCGAUCGCGACCAGGCGGCCCGGACGUCGAGCCCGGCGCAGGCGGACGACGAGGUGGCGGAGAAGCGCGCGGCCAAGAGGCGGCGGUCGUCCAAGCCUGACGGCGUCAUCAAGGUCAUGCUGACGGGCUUCUCGCGAUGGCUCAACGACAAGCACAAGGAGGACGUCGAAAAGAGGAAACUACGGGAGCUCGGCAUUCACAUCGUCUCCGAGAACCAACCGUGCGACUACCUGGCGGCGCCAUUCAUGGUCCGCACCGUCAAGUUCCUGCGCACCCUCGCCAAGGGCGUCACCAUCCUGUCGUCCGACUUUAUCGAGACGGCGCUGACGGACGGCACGGCGCCCGAUCCCAAGGACCACAUUCUCGUGGACGAGGAGAACGAGGCCAAGUUUGGCGUCUCGCUGCAGACGGCCGUGUCGCGCGCGCGCGCCAACAACGGCAACCUCUUGCGCGGGCUGCCCAUCUACUGCACGUCGGGGAUCCGCAACGGGCCCGAGAGCUUCCAGCCCAUCGUGCAGGCCAACGGGGCGCAGUUCCUGACGUACAACGCGCGCAGCGGCACGACGAUCAAGCCGACGACGGCCGAGGAGGACGGCGGCGCGGCGCCCGACCCGGUGUACCUGCUCACGUCGGACACGGCCGAGGAGAAGAAGCUGUGGCCCAAGUUUGAGGCCAUGGCGGAGCGGGGCCACAUGGAGCCGCGGAUCGUGGCGGCCGACUGGCUGCUGGACGUGGCCAUGACGCAGCGUGUUUCGUUUGACGAGAAGUAUCUCGCCGUCAACUUUUUCAAGCAUUGA